AUGCUGAUCGAGACGUUCGCGCUUCUGGGAUCGGAGGACACCCAGGGUGGAUUGACCUUUGUCACAUCUAGCCAGUAUGCGCUGUUAAAAGAGCUCCUCGAGCGGAUCUGGGAGGCUGUUGAACAGCUUCAUGACUCCUCUCUCCUAUUCUAUAAGGGAGGCCGCCGAGGCAUCCCAGUGGUGCUUCAGCGCAUGUGUUUUACAGAAGAUGCUCUAAUAUUCCGGCUUUUGGGGUCUCUGCUCAAGCGACUGGACGACAUAUAUGCAGGAAGAUAUGAUAUGGGAAUAUCCAUCCUCUCUGUCAGUCAAGGCAAUCGCGCGAUCUGUCUUUUCACCGGAGCUGAGACAACCCUGCUUGAUUGUGAAGCUUAUCAUGUUGUCUCCUUGCCGGCAAUAAAGUCCUUGAUUGGGUACGCACACCAUACCUACUCUGCAGAGGCCACUACUUCGACCAUUAUUAUCCGCCUCAUCGUAGUUUUACCCACUGCAGCGAUCCGCAUAUAUUUGGUUGAGCCUCCCGGACAAUUCGAAAGCGCACACUACUUCGACUCCAUUGCUGCACUAUCAGAAUUAGGAGACUUAGGCACAGACUCACGUCAGGUAGACGAAGCGAUCACCCACUGGUGCAACAUGCAGGAUUACUUUGCACAGAUUGUCACUAGCACCAUCCCAACAUUUUGCUACAUCGAAAAUGCAUUGAGCCAGGGCAUGAAGGUGGACGUUUCGACAGUAGAAGACCUCGACCCCGAGGUCCAGCUUCUUACAGAAAGCAAUUGUAACGAUGGCACGAUUGUGCAACUUUCGUGGGUUUCUGGAGUUCAGCACCGACCAGUAAGGUUUCCCCAACACACUCCAAGGCUGCAUUCUCCAAAGGCUAUCCUCCAGGCGAAUGUCUGGAGACAGAUAGGUGGGAAACUCCCCGACGAGGCCCUCUUGGACUUGCACCUUUACAACGCAUAUGUUGAAUUGGAUCUCGACAUCGGUAGUAAGUGCGUAAGUCGAUCCGAAAGUCCUGUUCACCUUCCUCUUUGCCAAGCUUCCUCCGCAGAUGCAGAUAUUUCGUCCGCUCCUCCCGUUGCACUCCACGUCCUCAAGUCUCUCCACUCACCUGGACAAUCGAACAACAAUGAUCAGCUAUCUCUCUCUGCCAUCUUAGAACCAAACAAUGCCUGCACACCAUCCGCUACAUCCUUAUCAGGAUUGUCAGGAGUCCUUUGUGAAAGCUCUACUUCUCACUUGAGUCAGGGGAAUUCAGCUCGUGUUUGUCCAGGAGGCAAUUUGUCUUCUGAGUAUAUCGAGGCAACUAGAAGCUUUAUCAUAGCUGGAGAAGAGUUAAAGAAGAUACGUCAAGAGACAGAACACCUUAGUGAGCGCUUGUUUAUGAUAGGACGUAGCAAUAUGCAACAGAAGUUAGCCAUCAUCAGUAAUGCAGUCUCUUUCUGGGAGCAGUUCCUUUCCUUUACAUCACCAAUGAAUACAACUGGCCGGGGCCUUUGUGACCCUGCAGGUCUAUCCUGCACUUUCUAUAAUCGUCCUAAAUCUAAUGAGACAGUAACUCACGCUGUGCACAAAAAGCUACGUGACUUUACCGGUCUUCCUUGUCGCGCAAGGAGUGUUCUCUGCAGAAGAGUAGAAGAGACUAAAGAAGAGCUUUCCGACCUCUUUCCUCCGAUCGUCAUGCCUUUUAUUCAAGCAAUCAAACACGAGCUUGACAUUUAUCAGCAGCUUAUUAGGGUGUACCAUGCUUUUGAUAAAAGGAAUUGUAGUGAGCUGCUCUACAAUGAUGUUGAUCCAAAGCACCCCGAUAGAAUUGUAGUGCGUUUCCUGACCGAAGAAAUAGAAGGCCACAAGAGGCACUCUGCUCUGGCAGUAAAGAAAAUCUCAUCCCUCUCUAGUAUCCUCCCUUUCGAUAAGACAUCGGAGACUCCGUCUUCCAACAACAAAAAAUCACCACUCGUCACGUGCGAGCACUCGUCAAUGGUUACUUCAGCCACUGAAAUUCAACCUGCUCUGGCAGAGCUCCGUGACUAUGUCUCAACCUCCAUGAAGAAAGUUUUUCGCAACGCAGAGUGUGUUCAGAAAAGUUUCAUGUCGCAAACCGAGGUCAAAGUAUGCCUUUAUACAAAUAGAAAGAUAAAGCAUGCGUUAGACCAACUCAAAAAGGACUUUGAAGGCGGCUAUUCCAGAACGCAGAGUGCGAGGACUCCAAAAAGGAGUUCUUCUUCCUCUCGCUCUCCGCUGGAGUCUACUUGGAGGAUUCACUCGUCCAUCAAAGCAGCCCUUACCAAACUGAUAGAUAGGCUUGCUGAUGUGGACGCCCUUACCCCGGACAUCACGUCUAUAGCAGCUUCCCUUGCGACAUGUAAGGACGCCAGUGCUGCGCUAAAGCAAAGCAUAAGGCGACUCAUGACAAGAUCAUAA